CUGAUAUAUUUCUGUUUCCAGGAGGCUUCGCUAGAAAACCAAGUUGUACAGGCCAACCCCGCCAUCGAAGCGUUUGGAAACGGUGCUACCGUAAGGAACUAUAACUCGUCCAGAUACGGAAAAUUUAUUCGUAUUCAUUUUGACAAGCGUGGAAAGCUGGUAGGAGGCGAUAUCGAGCAUUAUCUGCUGGAGAAAUCAAGAGUUAUCAAGCAGGCUCCUGGAGAACGAUCCUAUCACAUUUUCUACCAGAUAUUCACUCAGAAGAAACUAAGAGAUGUUCUGCAACUGGGAGAUGAUAUUCGGCAGUACAAAUUUGUUUCGCAAGCGGAGAUCACUGUUCCCGGAAUGGACGAUAAGGAGGAGUUCCGAAUCACUGAUGUGGGCUUUCGUUUAUCUUGUUUUUUCUGCGGAUUCCACAAAAGUCAAGUAGCAAGAGGCCCUUGA